AUGAAGAAGCUGCUGUCGAGCGAUCCAGUACUAAAGACGAUCAAUCCGAAGCUGAUCGAAUUGCUACACAGACCGAUAACAGCUCCCAAACCAACCCACACCGUGUUGGAGGCGCUCCGGAGUUUAAUCAAUCUGCUAACGGAGGCGAGGUUUACGGAGGGAAAGUUUAACGUACAAACUUUACAAGAAUGCAACCACGAUCGAGUAAUCGCUGCUGGACAGUCGCUGUUUAAGACGUUGAGUCCGCUUCUAGGCAUACGUGACCCCGGAGACAACCCGACCCCGCCAAUCAAAACCUCGGAUCAACGGAUCACGCCGCGGAUUACGAUGAAACAAGUUAUCACGCUGAGUAAAGAUUCCCCCAACAGUGAACACACUGGAUCAUCGCGAUACGCUUCAGCAGAAUAG